GCUGUUUGACUUGACAGAUGGCAGGCGGGAGACGCUCCUCACGGCUGUCUCUCUCGGUCCGUUGGUCCAUCCCGGUUCCCAUUGUCUCCCCCUCCCCAGUUCUUCAAGACAAAUCCUGAGACAAGAAACUGAACCCGGACGUCAUUUGGCUGGGAUCCGCUUUUGCGCGUCACGUCUGGAGACUUACUUUCGACCUGGAAUUUAACAACGCGAAAUUCUGCGCGUAAUUCGGACACCAGUGUGUGUGUGUGUGUGUGUGUGUUUUUUUUUCUUGUUGUUGUUUUUGUGUUUAUUAUUGUGGAAGUGUUUUAUUUAAUUAGAAAGAAGAAGGCUGGGGAUAAUCGGAUGACGGUUCUCACCAAGAGAGAGAGAGAGAGAAAGAGAGAGAGAGAGAGAAAGCUGGUUGUGGACCUGAAGGGGAGAUGAUCCUAAGGAAGGGGACUCAUUAGACAGAAGAGCCACAGAAAUCAUCUUCAAGGAGGCUGACAUAUAUCAGGAGACCCUAUCAACGCUUCCACUCUCCACUGCCUGUCUGGAUAAAGUCAGGACAUGUAGUGGGAAAACUCGUGUGGAAAGAAGACAGCUUUGUUUAGGAGAGGAUGUUGCUGCUACGUGCCCGUCCCCUGAGAUAAGAAGAGGAGAGGAGCCCGUCUGUGCGUUGGGGAGGAUUAAAGAAAAAGAAAAAAAAAAGAUAGAUACAUGCCAGAACCACUUUCACUUGUUUCCUCCACCUGGAAACAUAUUACCCUUACCAAAGCAGGCAAUCGGGGCUUUUAAUCGGAUUAUUGAGCGAAAGAUCCGAGAGAUCUGUGGGAAUACAUCCAGCCAGUUCCACCAUCUGUCUGGUGCUGUCCAGGAUUGUGCCAAUUCAGCAGGGAUAACGAUGAGAUGAGCCCUGAACGGAUUACCGGUCCAACUAGGUGAAGUCUGGAGGAGCUGAAUGGACACAGCUGGAACAUUUUCUUGUCAAUGCUGAGGAGUUUUCAUUUAGUUUACAAUAGGAGAAGACCUGUUUGAUUUUUCUCUCCACCUCCCCUGCUAAAGAUGCUCAUUGCCUGCCUCUUACUCAAGAUAAAUAUUAACUUGUUGUCUUGAAUUGUGCUAAACUGUCCUGAAGGGCCUCUUUCCACACUUGAUCCCUGACCUGUGUUUUUUUUUUUUUUUUAAAGGAGACCACUCAUCAGUUUUUCAUCUGGAUGAAGUAGUCAGCCCUGAUUGCUGUGAGCACCAGGGAGCACAGGGGCUGUGCUUUGCUCUCCGAGGCCCCCAAGAAGUGCCUCCACCCGGGGUUGCCAGACAGCCAGACAGCCCCUCGCUGGAGGGGUGGGUGGAGGUGAAGGAGAGACUUUGGGAAUUAUCUAGAGUUUCUGGACCUCUGCAUAGAAGAAGAAGAAGGAGGAGGAGAAGGAGAUCAUGGGGUGUUGCAGCGGCAGGUGCACCUUGGCCUUCAUCUGUGGCAUGCAGCUGGUCAGCGUGUUGGAGCGCCAGGUGAUCGAUUUCCUGGGCUACCAAUGGGCUCCCAUCCUGACCAACUUCCUACACAUCAUCGUCGUAAUCCUGGGCCUGUUCGGCACCAUUCAGUUCAGGCCCAAAUAUGUCACCGGAUAUGCAGCCUGGCUCGUCAUCUGGAUGACCUGGAAUGUUUUCAUCAUUUGUUUUUACCUGGAGGUUGGAGAUCUGUCCAGAGAGUCUGACCUUGUCCUGACGUUCAACCUGUCCAUGCAUCGUUCCUGGUGGAUGGAGAACGGCCCCGGGUGCAGGGUGACACCAAUCACCCCUCCUCCCUCCUGGGCACCGGAGGACCACCGAUAUAUAUCUAUAUCUGACUGUCUUAUGAACUUUGAGUUCAUAGAAGUGGCUCAUUCCUCACUGCAGAUACUCCUGGCUUUGGCGGGGUUUAUCUACGCCUGUUAUGUGGUCAAGCUUAUUUCUGAAGAAGAAGAUAGUUUUGAUUUUAUAGGAGGAUUCGACUCCUAUGGUUACCAGGGACCCCAGAAAGCCUCCCACCUCCAGCUACAGCCUAUGUACAUGUCAAAAUAAACCCGGAAGCCACUCCAGAGGAGCUGCCUUACCAACUAUCACUGCUUAGAGCCCUGUGUUUACCACUCCAACUCUCUUCUAACAAACAGAGACAGACAUACAGGCAGAGGAUAGAUCACAGUCUCCAUUUCUUACUCCAAAUACCCUGAAAAGCUCAAUCAGAUGGGAUCCUCUGGCUCCAGUUGUCUACUGAUGGAGUCCCUGAUGAAAUACUGGCAUCAUGUGGCCAAAAGUGGUAACUGCAACACUUGUGAGCCACACUUAUUUCAUAUUUUUGGAGCCCUGUCAGGAGCCUGUUAUUAUUUGCCUCUGUUCUUUUUUCUUUUCUCUUUUGUUUCUUUUUUUUUCUUUGCAAAUGAAUAUCAGCGUUGUAAGGGGGUGAAAUAAGGUUGGCUUUUCCUCAGGCCUUCUGGAAGAAUCUAAAAUCCUGCUGACAAAUCUCAGAACUGAGCCCCAGUUCCUUCAAGAUACAGUAAGAAAAUGUUCCGGCUCAAUACUCCUUGAGUUGUUUCACGCAGAUGCGCCUGACCAAAGACUUUAAAAAGAAAAAAAAACACUUCUAAAAUCUAACCGAGCUUUUUCCGCUCUUGGUGCCUGACAGUUUACUUACCGGACUUCCUACCAGGAACCUGCAAAGGCGACUACUGAUGGAGGAAUGUCAGACAUCGCUUUUCUAAAACCCUACCUUUCCUGCUGCAUUCGGGAUCUCGUCAUUGACUGCAAAAAGUGAAACCGCGCAGGAAGCCCAGACUCGCUUUUUACCUGUGUUUUAUGAAUGUUGACUAACGGUGUGACGUGACGACUUACGGGCUCGCAGCUCACACAUGCAUGUGGACAAGAUAAGCACGCAUGCACACUUACACAGGUCCUUCUUACUAAUGUGAAUCUUAACAAUGUUUACAAAAGUCAUGCUGUCUACUCGACAGAGAGUGUGGACAGAAAUGGACAGAGGUGACUCUCACCUUUAAGCUGCAGCGUUUCGAGACGACCCAGGCUCGUCUUGCCGCCCUGUCUAAAUAUUUUGUCUUCCACUCAAGACAGACGCAAAGAGGUCGACAGAAAGAGCAACGCUCCUCCUACCCCUCCUGUCUACAGUCCCCUGAAAAAGUAAUAAUUUGAGUUUUUUCACAUUAAAAGCGUAAACUUCAACAUGUUUUGAUGUGAUAGACGAAGACAAAGUAGGACAUUGGUGGUAAAAUGAAGGGAAAAAAGGCAUGUUUUUCAAAAUAUUUUACAUAGAAAAACCUCAAUCGUUUGGUAUGCUUUUGUAUACAACACCUUUUAAUUCAAUACCCCUAAAUAAAGAGUAUAACAGGGAGUCUCGAAGAGUUUCCCUACCCCUUCUCCGCCGGACACAUCGUAUAACUGGGGGCGUCAAACAGGAAGUCUCUCUAAGUGUUUGGAAACCAAUGGGGGGAACCAGGAGAAAAAGUUUGGGAACCACUGCGUUAGCCAAAGCUAAUAUGGAAUAGCAUAUUCAUGUAGUGGUCCAGUGAAAGUCCAGAUGUAAAUCCAAUUGAAAAAUCUUUGCCCAUCUCCAUCCAGUCUGACUGAGCUGGAGCUUCUUAGCAAAUACACGUGAAAAUACGAAUCCAUAACACAUCCUUAUGACUUUUUUUCUUUAAAACUUUGAAAACGGCAUGUCUUUUUCCAUCAGUGUCACAGCUGUGCUUUGUGUUGGUCUAUCACAUGAAAUCCCAACAUAGUACAUUGAAAUUUGCAACUGAAAAAUGUUCACUUUUUCACCGUACUAUCAGGUGAAAUUUGCAAGUUUUUUUUUUUGCAAGUUUUAUCAACUGCCAAACGUGAAUUGUUCAAAUCAGUUGAAACUAACGCUUGCACACAUCCCCAACAGAAAAGACAAUCGCAGCCAUUUGAGUCUCGACGUGAACUGAAGCUUUAGGAACACAUGGACAACAUCAAACAAUCAAAAAAUUUGGUUUGUUAUAUGUUGAUUUAUUUCAAAUACCUGAUUUGACAACCAAUGAAAUCAUGACAAGCGGAGGCUGAACAAAUCCCACCUACUAUAUUUAGCCUCUUUUAAACAGGCAGGAGGCUUAGCAAGCCCCUUCUGUCACCUCACACCUCAACAUUUUUUUUUCAAGAUGAAAGUGCCAACUCAAUCCCACUCAUGAGCCACAGACUGGGACCAAAAAACAGGCUGAGGCUUACUUUUUUAUGAUUUCCUUGUAAGAAAAGAAAACCCAGACAUACAGCAGUUGUUGUUUUUUUUUGCUCUUCUACCUUUGUUGGGAAACACAACUAAGGUCUUACACAUUUUUGAUUAACUGGACCAAAUGUUUGAGGCCUUUUGCUGAAGACGCCCUCCUCUCGACGUGCAGAAGGACUGCUACCCUGGUUUAAUCUGCAGUUCUCUUCAGCAGUUUACCUGUUUUGUAACAAAACUUUGUGGUUUACGUUCAGAGUCGAUCCGCCUGCCCGGAGGACAGAGACGGCGUUUUUUUUUUUUUUUUGUGUGUGUUUGCAUGAGGUGUUUCCAAACUGUUGCAUAUUUAAUCUCAUGCCUCGUGUGAUUCACUGGCUUCAUAAAAACGAGUAAAAAACAAACAAAAAUAUAAUAAUAGGGGGAGCUGUUUGGGUUGCUGGGUGCUCCUCGGCUUUCUUCAAAGGAUCCUCAAUGUGAACUUUGUGCGUUUUUUUUUUUUUGUUGUUUUUUUUUUGCUGUUUUCUAUAAAUAAGAGUCUGCAGAGUUUAGGAGAACGUAGGCAACCACAAUGUACAAUGAUGAAAUGUAACUUUGAUCUUCUAGACGUUUUUUUAAUUAACAUGUGGCUGUGUGUACUGUUUUUUCUAGUUGACUAUUAAUGUAUGAUGUUGUGUAUAAGUGGGGAAAAAAAAACUAGGUUUUAUUUCUUCUAACUGUAUAGAGUAUAUGAAAUGAGAGAAUUUGAGAAAAAUAGACUGAAAAAAACUUAGCUGGACUAAAGUCUAGUUAUGUCAGGGGUGGAAAUUGAUUUCUAGUACAUUGCUAAGGCUGCAAAGUUAAUUGUCACUUCAAUGUUCUCAAGAUAUUUCUUUUCUUAACUAAAACUGACUUGUGGUGAAAUGUUUUUGCUCCAAGAUUUAAAUUGGAUUAGUAUUAUUUGGACCAAAAAAAAAAAAAAAGCAAUUAAUUUAUUUGCCUCUGAAGAAGGUACUUAAUUUAAACUCAGCUGGCACUGUAACAAGCAACAAUCUCUGCAUUUUAACAGGAAACAACCCUUCAACAAGUCAGAAAGGUGCAUAAAAAGGUGUGAGUGUGUGUGUGUGUGUGUUUGCUCUUUGUUUUCAGAGUUAUGGUGAACUGUACAGCCCUUAACCCAGACCCAGUAAAACCCAUCUGGACCAGACCACAGCGAAGCAGCAAUUUAAACUGAAGGCAGAGCUCCCUGCAGGCCACUGACCAGUAGCUGGACGAUUAAUUGAAGACUUUGUGUAGAUCUCAAUCUUUACUACCAUCGAAGGACUAACAGUACUUUUUAAAUUGAUUGACCCAUAAAGAUGUGUAAGAAGCCAUGAGGCGACUAGAUAUCUUUUAUUGCAGUAGCAUCAUCAUCCAAUUAAAUAAAUUCCAAUUUUGACUAGAGUAAAUUUAUUCAGAGGGAGAAAAUGUCUCUCAUCAAGAGCUAAUUUUUAUUUUUAUUUUUUAAACAAAAUCAUUGUCACCACUGUUAGUAGCGUCCAUAAGGGUAAGCAAAAGAUGCGGUUAUGCAGUUUGAUAAACUGUUGUUUUCAGUUUAUCAAAAUGCUAAUAUCCAAUAGAUAUAGCAAAAAAAAAAAAACAGUUUUUAAAGGAUGAUAUUGUGGAUUAAAGGAAAAAGCUUACCAAACCAACCUGGCACUAUGUGAAAUAGUAAUACUGCCCACUUACUGUAAUCCUAACUGACCACUUUGUUUUAUUGCGUCUGGUGAACUUUCACUUACCCGAUUACUGAAUGAGCCGUAGAAUCAAGACGUUGAUUAAGCAGAACGUAUCUGAUAAUGUGGAGCAGGCAAAAAGUCUCAUCGGUGACCAAACUUUGACUUAAAGAAAUCCAAGGCAGGUGAGAAACAGUCAUUUACAUCUACCAGUCUGCAAAAGUUUGCAAAGUCCCACUAAAAAAUACCUUGACAGCAAAGCAACGACUCAUCCAAAAUGUAACAAAAAAAAAAACCCUAGAGUAAAAUUUAAAGCACUUUAAAACGUACUUGUCUCAACAAUAAGACAGAGAAACAGGGCAAAAAUUGUUGCUGGCCAAACAAAGCACAAAGACCUUACAUUUGUCACAGAACAUCUCAAGGAUCCCCAAGACUUUGGGAUAAAUAUUAUUUAGACUGAAGAGACUAAAAUACUUUCUUUUUAACAUGUGCUUCCUGUUACAUCUGGUGUAAAACUGUCAAAGCAUUUAAAAAAAAAUUUUUUUUUCAAAAGAACAGUCAGACAAAAGGACAUGCGAUUUAAAUAAGGCAGAUGUUUGGUUUUAAGUCAAAAGAUGGUUGGAAUUAAAAGGCUACUAAUAUGCACAUUCUAGAAUAAUAAUAAUUAAAAAAAAUAGGGGCGUGUUUAAAACAACAGAAAUAUAGACCUGGUAGACCAAACCUAAGUUCGUAUUGCUGCAAUAAAAACUGAGGGUGGCAAAAAAUAAAAAAAAUCUCCAUUCCUCACUAUGGGAACAUCCAGGAUUUUUUUUUUUUUUUUUCAAUAUGAAUUUAUUUACCAGUGGUGCCCAUAAGUUAGGAGGGUGCUGCAAAGCCUUAUCAAUAAACAUUUAUUCAAGCUAUUACAAAGUUCUGAUGGAAAUCCCAUUUAUUUCCAGGAAGUUUCUCAAGAAUGCAACUCAAAUAUUUGACUUUAGCUUUACUGGUUUAGUACAUUCAGGUGAAUAUUUUGGUUCUGGGUUGAUUUGUUACAGUUUGCCACAGACUAUAACCAUGUGUGUUAUUAGCUCCUGUUUUCAUGCUGGUUUUCCCACAGGUGACUGUACAUAAACUAGACAGCUGGGAUUAAAGUAGAGUCUGGAGAA